AUGAGAGCCGGACUAAGCACCAUCCAGCAAACCCUAACGCCGGAGGCGGCCAGCGUUCUCAAUCACUCAAUCGCGGAGGCCGGCCGCCGGAACCACGGCCAGACCACGCCGCUCCACGUGGCGGCGACGCUGCUGGCCUCCCCCUCGGGGUUUCUCCGUCAGGCCUGCAUAAAAUCGCACCCCAAUUCGUCUCACCCCCUUCAGUGCAGAGCGCUGGAGCUAUGUUUCAGCGUGGCUCUGGAGCGAUUGCCUACUUCGCAGAACACCAGUUCCUCCAUGGAGCCGCCAAUCUCCAAUGCCUUGAUGGCGGCCCUCAAGAGGGCCCAGGCUCACCAGCGCCGCGGCUACCCGGAGCAGCAGCAACAGCCUCUCCUCGCCGUCAAAGUAGAGCUCGAGCAGUUAAUCAUAUCCAUUCUCGACGACCCCAGCGUGAGCAGGGUCAUGAGAGAAGCCAGUUUCUCCAGCCCCGCCGUUAAAGCCACCAUCGAACAGUCCCUUAACGCCGUCCCCUCCACCGUCAAUUCCGGAUUGGGAUUCCGGCCUAGCGCGGUGGCUCCGGCGAAUUCUGCCACCGGGCGGAAUUUGUAUCUGAACCCGCGUCUUCAGCAGCAGCAGCAGCAGCAGGGUAGUGCUGCGCAGCACAGGGGCGAUGAAGCAAAACGAAUUGUGGAUAUAUUGCUGAGGUCAAAGAAGAGGAACCCGAUCUUGGUGGGGGAAUCGGAGCCCGAGGCUACGAUCAAGGAGGUGAUAAAGAAGAUUGAGAACAAGGAAUUGGGAGAUGGGGCUUUCGCGAAUGCUCACGUGAUUCAUUUAGAAAAGGAGCUUCCUUCUGAUAAGGCGCAGAUACCUGCCAGAUUGAAGGAGUUGGGGGAUUUGAUUGAAACGAGGAUUGGGAAUUAUGGGUGUGGAGGGGUUUUCGUUGACUUGGGUGACUUGAAGUGGCUGGUGGAGCAACCUGUUGGGUUUGCCGUUGGUGGUGGUUUGGGUAAUAUGCAGCAACUCACGCUCGCGGAGGCCGGCCGGCCGGCGGUGGCGGAGAUGGGGAGGUUGGUGAGCAAGUUCGGUGAAGGUGGCGCUGGUAGGCUUUGGCUCUUAGGUACUGCUACUUGUGAGACUUACUUGAGGUGUCAGGUUUAUCAUCCUAACAUGGAAAAUGAUUGGGAUCUUCAGGCAGUGCCAAUUACCACCAGAGCCCCUCUCCCUGGGAUCUUUCCCAGGCUUGGGACCAAUGGUAUUCUUGGAACUUCGAUCGAGUCUUUGUCCCCGUUGAAGACCUUGCCUACUACAGCAAUCACUCCACUGAGGCGUGCCUCUGAGAACAUAGAUCCUGCGGCUGUAUCAAUUUGUUGCCCGCAAUGUAUGCAGGACUGCGAGCAAGAAGUGGCAGAAAUGUUGAAAGAAACUGAGAAAUCAGAUACUGAACUCAAAUCAGAGGCAGCUAAACCGUCCCUUCCUCAGUGGUUACAGAAUGCUAAAACUAAUAAUGAUAACGGCAAAGUAAUGGAUCAGGCUCAGAGCAAUGGUCAAGAAGUGAAUGUGAAGAAGAGGACUCAAGAAAUACAAAAGAAAUGGCGUGAUGCCUGCUCGAGUUUACAUCCUAAAUUUCAUCAGCUAAAUGUGAGCACAGAGAGACUUGUUCCAGCUCCUUUGUCAAUGACUGGCCUAUACAAUAUGAACUUGCUGGCACGCCAAUUCCAACCCAAAUUACCUUUGAAUAAAAAUUUGGGAACCUCGUUGCAAUUGAGUUCAAAUCCAAUGCCAAUCCACACACCAGAGCGUGCAGUGAGUCCCCAGAAAAGUCCGGUAAGGACCGACCUGGUCCUUGGACAAACAAAGCCAGCUGAUGCCACUCCAGAAGAAACACAGAAAGAAGGCAUCAAUGAUUUCUUGAGCUGCCUCUCUUCUGAGUCACAAGACAAGUUCGAUGAAUUACAGAGCAAAAAGCUUCUUGAUGCGGACUCUUUCAAGAAGCUCCUGAAAGGCCUGACAGAAAAGGUCUGGUGGCAGCAGGAUGCAGCAUCAGCAGUGGCCACUACAGUGACCCAGUGCAAAUUGGGCAAUGGAAAAAGGCGCUCCAAAGGUGACACGUGGUUACUGUUCGUGGGUCCUGACAGAAUUGGCAAGAAGAAAAUGGCAGCAGCUCUUUCUGAGCUGGUAUCUGGGUCCAACCCAAUAAUAAUACCUCUGGCUCAACGCCGUGGGGAUGGAGGAGACUCUGAUGCCCCUCAUGUCCGUGGAAAAACAGCACUCGAUCGAAUAGCGGAGGCCAUCAGAAGGAACCCACUUUCUGUAAUCGUGCUUGAGGAUAUUGAUGAAGCCAACAUCCUUCUUCGCGGGAGCAUAAGAAGAGCCGUGGAACAAGGCCGGUUCCCGGAUUCUCACGGCCGUGAAUUCAGUCUCGGGAAUGUCAUGUUCAUCCUCACAGCAAAUGGGUUGCCAGAGGACCUCAGAUACCUCUCCAAUGGGUCUCCAUUGGACGAAGAGAAGCUUGAAAAUUUAGCGAAGGGAGGGUGGCAACUACGCAUAUCAGUCGGUAAGAGAGCAUCAAAACGAAGACCCAGUUGGCUAUCCGAUGAAGACAGGUCAUUGAAGCCCCGGAAAGAGGUGAAUACAGGUCUAUCGUUUGAUCUUAAUGAAGCUGCUGAUGCUGCAGAGGACGACAGGGGAGACGGGUCACUUAAUUCAAGUGACUUCACAGUGGAACAUGAAGACAACAAUCACGAUGGAGGAAGGUCGCUCUCAACAGUACCACGCGAGCUUGUGGAUUCUGUGGACGACGCCAUUGUCUUUAAGCCCUUGAACUUUGAUCUCAUUCGCAGGAAUUUUUCCGUAUCUAUCACGAAAAGGUUCUCCGCAGUUGUCGGGAAUGGGCUGUCCAUUGAAGUGCAAGAAGAUGCUCUUGACAAGAUCACCAGCGGAGUGUGGUUAGGCCAAACUACCAUUGAUGAAUGGAUGGAAAAAGUGUUGGUUCCAAGUUUCCACCAACUGAAAAAGAACUUGAAUUCAAGUACGCAUGACCGUGAGUCUUCUUCUAUGCUGUUUAGGCUUGAAGAUGAUGGCUACUCCGAUCGCCGAGGCUCCCAAGAGUGGCUACCUGCUACUGUGAGAGUGGUGGCGGAAUAG